AUGCGUCUGCCAUACGUACUGCUGCUAGCGGUGUGUAUUAUCAUCGCUUCGUGCAAUGCUCUAUCGGCCUAUGAACAAGAAGCUGUUGUCGCGCAAAACGCUCAGCGUUGGAGCUCAACUCAUUCUGUUGCUGCUGCUGAAACCGGAGAUACGUCUGGCAAACGUCUCUUAAGGUCUGACAGUAUUCCGACUGUUGAUGCUGAAGAGAGGGCCCUCCCAGGCAUGACGAAGCUAACCGAGACGCUUAAGAAAUGGAUAUCCGCAUUGAGAAGCAAACUGAGCAACAAGAAGUUGUGGUGGAACUACCAGAAGCUGGGUAAACAAAAGCUUUCGGACUUAGAUAUCACCGGAAUGUGGUUGAAAAACGGGAAAAGCUAUGAUGACAUCUUCGACCGCUGGAUUCGACUCGAUAAGUCACCGAGGCAAGCAGCCAAAAACUUGCUGAAUCAUGGUACAACAACGAAUGAUCUCUACAAGGUCUUGCGGAAGCGUAAUAUGAACCUGGAAACAAUCAGACCGAUUUGGCGCGAAGUCGGACUGACAGAGUAUCAACUUCGUGCCGCUCGUCACGCGGCUAGCGCCUUGUGA